GGAGGAUUGCUCGGUGAGGCAACUGGAACAAAGGUUCCGGGACUUGGCACGAUACAUACCUGAGUACGCCAUGGAUGAGAACCGCAUGGCUAAUCACUUCUGGGAUACCCUACAGUUGGAUAUCCGUGAUAGGGCCACCUACAAUCAUCACAUGACUUUUAGUGAGAUUGUGGAUCAAGGGCUACUUGGGGAAGCCAAGUGGAAUGAAAGGAAGAAGAGAGACGCCGAAGAGGCGAAGAAAAGAAGAUGGGGAAAUUCUGGACCCCAAGACCAUUCUCGGAAACAUCACGCCGGGAAUGGAAGAUCAUUCAGGGCGCCGGAACCACCGGCAAAGAAGAGUAAGGGCCCAGGAGGGCAAGGGCAUAGCUCGGGGAGCGUGAGGCCACCAAGGUGUCCGAACUGUAACAGGAAUCACUCCGGGAAGUGCAAUGAACCACCCCGGUGCUACAAGUGUGGUAGCACAAGCCACCUCAAACUCUCUUGCCCAAUGUUGAGUGGAGGUGGGCCAUCGGGAGCUGUUGAGGCACCUACGUCUGGUAAGGGUCCUGCGGGACCAUCUCAAGGCGGCACGGGAAGGGGCGGACCCACGGGCAAGGGCAUAGCUCGGGGAGCGUGAGGCCACCAAGGUGUCCGAACUGUAACAGGAAUCACUCCGGGAAGUGCAAUGAACCACCCCGGUGCUACAAGUGUGGUAGCACAAGCCACCUCAAACUCUCUUGCCCAAUGUUGAGUGGAGGUGGGCCAUCGGGAGCUGUUGAGGCACCUACGUCUGGUAAGGGUCCUGCGGGACCAUCUCAAGGCGGCACGGGAAGGGGCGGACCCACG